AUGUCUUAUUUCCGGAUAACACUCAUGCGCUCCGGCAUCGGUAUGCCCGAGAAGACGCAAGGAGUCCUCAAGGCGCUCGGUCUCCGCAAACGCAUGACGACUGUCUACCACCCCGUCACACAAUCUGUCGCCGGUCAGAUCAUGAGGAUAAAGGAGUUGGUCGAUGUUAAGGAGGUCAAGAACCCAAUGACGAAGGACCAAAUGCGCGCUGCGAGGAGACCCGAUCCGGGGUACUAUAUCGAGCAGAGGGCGGGCGAGGCUAUGGGGGCUUCCAUUCGCUACCAGAAAUACAUCGACGCGACAAAAAAGAAGACCUUCGAGGAAACCACGCAGUCUAUUCAGGAAACCCAUCGAGAACAGCAUUAUGGAGGCCAGUCAGCGGAUCAUUUUACCAUCACUGCCGAGGGCAUCAAGCUUGCAGGAAGCAUUGCGCAUGCCGGUGUCGCUGGAGAAACUACAUGGCCUGAUUCGGAUUUUGAUGCUGCAGGGAGCAGCUCUACGAAGAUUCCUAGGGCUGAUUCAGAUUUCGCUACUGCAGUGAGCAGCUCCAUGAAGGUUCCUAGUGCAAGAGAGGUCGUGUAUAAAGAGCUACAAGGAGCCAACGAUUUUCGGCUUAUCGAAGUAUCUCCGGAGAAUGGACGAGGUCCAGAGUGCAAGAUGGUCUACAGUUCGCUUCGCCAUCCACCCGAUUAUAUUGCAAUUUCGUAUGCAUGGGGGGAUGGCUUUGAUAAGAAACACAUAACAUUGGAAGGCAUUGAACAUGUUUCAGUCAACGCGAAUCUUCACGAUGCCCUAAUGGCUGUCCGCGAACCAGACCACACUAUUCUGGUUUGGAUAGACGGGCUCUCAAUUGACCAAGAGAACAAGACGGAACGCGCCAAGCAGGUCCAAUUGAUGGACAAAAUUUACCGACAGGCAACAUGUGUUGCCAUUUGGCUUGGACCUGAAGCAGAUGAUAGUGGGCGGGCAAUACGACUAUUGACUGAUUCGGCGGCCCAAGCGAAACGUAAAUGGACCGGCCUAUUGGAGCAUCACAACGUCAAAGCUUUGCACUCUCUAUUCAGGAGGAACUAUUGGAGUCGGCUUUGGGUUGUACAGGAAGUAUUCCAUGCAAAGAAAAAGAUAGUCUACUGCGGCUCUUCCAAACUCCCCUGGCACCUAUGCAAGAAAGCAUCAGAUGCUCUUUGGCAACACGAAAGCGACCCUUACCUCUGGACUGGACCAAGUAGCUUUCCAGACGUUCAACGUCUCAUGGUGUUGGGCCCAAACUCUCUGCUAGAAGUUUUACGAGCUUGCCGAAGGAAGCUAAGCGAGAACCCAAGGGAUAAGAUAUUCGGUGUGCUAGGCAUACUCCCAAACGAUAUACGCGAACGCCUACACGUGAGCUACGACAAAUCCGUCAAGUCACUAUACCUGGAAGUCGCCCAACUCAUCGUCUGUUCCACGCAUCGCCUUGAUGUGAUGCGCGAAGCGAUUCACUUUCCUGUUCAGGUCAGCUUUACUGACUUGCCUACAUGGUGUCCAAAUUGGGCACAGGUUCCAGAAAACUCGGCUCUGUCUUCGAAUACCUUCUCGGCGGCAAGUGACCGCGACGCUGAGUACAAGUUCAAGGACGAAUUCCGGAAGCUUGAGAUUUCUGCCGUCGAAUUGGAUAUUAUCGAUACGACCGGUGUGGCGGUAGGCACUCUGUGCUCGCUACAAGAUUAUCUCAUGGCCUUCCUGAACUGGCGGAUGCUGCUUCUCUCUCAUUUCGACAUUACGGAAGACGAAGAGGCGGAUCAUCCGCGCGUAAAUGAGUUCUGCAAAACGCUCUCAUUAGGUCAGCCACUUGAAGAAUUGGAGCAUUGCUGGACAAGAGCCUGCUAUUAUAUCUUCUCUUCAUGGAUUCAGGAGCGAUUCCCGCGUCUUCAGCUAGACCCCAAGUUCAAGCAACAAGGGGAGUCGGACAACUUGCAACCCCAUGAGCUACGAUCAUUCAUACAACAAUAUUUUGGGGACAGAAUGAUGGGUAGAACCUUUUGCAUCACGAGAGACGGGUUGAUAGGCAUGGGAACGGGUUUCAUGGGCCGCGAAGACAUCGUCAUUGUACCGUUUGGUUGUUCGACACCCAUCAUACUGCGUGCGGAAGGCGAAAGCAAUGAGUAUCGCUACGUUGGCGAUGUAUACAUCCAUGGUUAUAUGCAUGGCGAAGCGCUCGCAAGCGACAAGCCACUGAAGCCAGUCAAGAAGUAUACAUUGCACUGA